CUGCCGAUACAACUAUCCGCCCACUCCUAUAUUUUAUUUUAAAAUUCUCGCCCCGUUUAUUUAUUUAUUUCUCCCUCCACCGCCGACAUUUUCCGACUUUGGGGCUCCGAUUGGGAAUUUAUUUUUAUGUGUGUUUAAGCUCGCGGCCGCCCCCAAAAUGGCGGAUCCGCGGGAAGAGGAAAAACCGAGAGAGCCCGAGAAAGAGAGAGAGGCCGGGGCAAUGAGUGAAAGCGGUGUGUUGUCGCACUCGAAUUCCCGACAGAUGUUGCAGAGCUUGCUGAAUAAAAGCAUGCGAAUCCGAAUGACAGAUGGCAGGACACUGAUUGGCCUCUUCCUGUGCACCGACCGAGACUGCAAUGUCAUUUUAGGCUCAGCACAGGAGUACUUGAAACCAACAGAUUCCUUGGCCCAGGGUGAACCACGAGUGCUGGGUCUGGCCAUGAUCCCCGGACACCACAUCGUUUCCAUCGAGGUGGAAAUGGACAGCAUGUCGAACCCGCAGUACAUGUGAGACAGAGAUUGUAGAUGUGAGAGAGGUUGCUGAUUGAAACCAGGCGUACAGCACUGAGCCUGAGCUGCCCAUCCGGCCUUACGCACAAUCACCUUGUGCUGAAACGUUAGGUCCUAGCCUCCCCUGCCUCCAGUGCUUCCACAUAGCACCUUAUCGUUUUACAUUCAUCACGGUGGACUGUUGUUUUUCUUUGUGUUUGUGAUGUUAAUCGACAUGAUGGAGCAGGCUGGGCACUGCCAUCUGAGCUAGGGGGUAGGCUGUUUCAUGUGGCCCUCAUCCAUAUGGCAUAUUAGGCCUCCCACAAUGCAUCAUCCCCUCCCCCAGAAAGGUCAAGAUAGCACACGAGACACACACAAAAGCACACACACGGGCACACAAAAGCGCACACACAUGCGCAUGCACACACACACAUGCGCGUGCACACACAC